CAAAAUGUUCGUUUUAUACGCAGUUCUUUUGGCAAUUCCGCUAUUUCUCUACUGGCUGCACCAGAAACAGCUUCAGGACGAUGUGAAAGUUGGCGUUCUAAAAGUGAAAGGAUGGCCUCUGAUUGGUUCUGUAGCCGACAUGAAACCUUUUCUACAAGAAAAGAAACUUUUUGUGAAACUGCACGAGCUUCAUCGAGAAUAUGGAGAUACAUACCAAUUGCGAAUGGGUCCUGUCAAGAUGAUUAUUUCACGAGACCCGAAAAUAACUGAAGCUAUUGUCAAUAACCCGAAAUUCGGGAAAGCCGCGGAAUAUAAAAUGCUUCGUCCGUGGCUCGGAGACAGCUUGGUGAUGUCUGAGGGUGAAAAAUGGCACAAAAUGCGGAAAUUGAUCACGCCGGCAUUCCAUUUUCAAAUAUUAGAACGGUUUAUUCCGGUAUUUGAGGAACAAACGGAUAUCAUGAUUGAUCUAAUUAGACAGGAAAUGUCAAAUCCAAAAGGAAUUGAUGUUUUUCCAAAAUUCCAUAAUUUGACCUUGGAUAUUAUUUCGGAAACUUCGAUGGGAGUUCAUUUAAACGCUCAAGUGAGCUCGCACUCGCCAUUUAUUGAUGCCAAUCUAAAAGUUAUCAACAUCGUCGAGGAACGCGUUUUCAGUGGUUAUCUUUCCGUCGACUGGCUCUUCCGCUUAUCAAAUCUGUACAAAAUCCAAAAGACAAAUAUUGCAAUAAUUAACGAUUUCGUUGAUAAUGUUAUCCGGGAGCGGCAUGACAAGAUGAUCAAAGAAAUAAACGAAAAUCCCGAUGAAUCUGAGACAAAAAAACGUCCCGCUCUCUUAGAUAUUUUGCUGCAAGCACGCGUCGAUGGAAAACCUCUCUCCAACGAAGACAUCCAAGCCGAAGUGAAAACUUUCAUGUUUGCCGGGCAUGAAACGACUGCCAACACGCUCUCUUUUGUCGCCUACUUCCUCGCCAAGUACCCGGAAGUGCAGGAAAAAAUGUAUGACGAAAUAAAACGAAACUCUUUAGACACAAAAAGUGAAUCUCUGACAACGCGCGAACUUAAUUCGCUCUCGUACAUGGACAAUGUCAUCAAAGAAACCCUUCGCCUGUAUCCGCCAGGGUUUAUGGUGUCGAAACGGUGUCACGAAGACAUUCGCAUCGGAAAUGUCUUCAUUCCGAAAGACUCGACAAUCGCUACGAACAUCUACAGCGGCCAUCGCAAUGAAAAAUAUUUUAAAAACCCAGAGGAAUUCAAUCCAGAUCGAUUUGACACGGAAAUUUCCGCUAAUGAGAGAAAUCCUUACGUAUUCCAGCCCUUUUCCAGCGGGUUGCGGAACUGCAUCGGACAGAAAUUUGCAAUGAUGGAAGCCAAAACAACUCUUGUGAAAUUAGUUUCGACGUUCAAGCUGGAAUUGGCAGAGAAGGAUUUUGAAAUUGAUGUCAUUCAGUCGGGAACUUUGAAAUCUGCUAAUGGAGCGCCUUUGAUUUUUAAGGAAAGGAACUAAAAAUAAAAACGGGUAAUAAAAUAUAUGUUUUUAAAAUCGUUUUUUAAAUUUCA